AUACUUAGGUCCCUUUGCUGCUGCGGUCUGUGGUCCAGCUUGGAUGUGUGUGCAUGGUGAAUAAGCAGAUGGUUCGGCACUAUUCUGGAAGAGAAACGGACACCUUUGAGCUGGAUUGCUUAGAAAUGAAGUCUCUUGCUCAGUAUAGCUACCUAGAGCCAGGAAGUAUCCGGCAUAUUUACUUAUACCACAAUUCUCAAGGGCACAAAGCCCUGUUUGGACUUUUUAUACCAUCUCAGAGAAAAGCUUCUGUGUUUGUAGUGGACACGGUCCGUAGUAACCAGAUGCCAAACCUUGGCAAUAUGUAUGCCAGCGAACACAGCUCCAUGCAGGAAAAAGUUGAUCCAGAACUUUUACCUCCAGAAAAACAUGUGUUUGAGGUUCGA